GAGAAAUGAUUGCCAUGGCUGAAGAGGAGCUAGCCAGACUUCAGCGACAGUUACGUAUUAUGGAAGAUGAUCGUAAAGCAUUUUCUGAAGAAACAAACACCAAACUAGAAAAACAAAGAAAAAUUAUACAACGACUCAAAGAUGAAAGAGCGAAGCUCUAUGAAGACAUAAACAUUGCUACCUGUGAUAACCAAAGAAGAAAAGAUGAAAAAUUAUCUAAGGAUAUUUACAAACUGUUGAGCGUUUAUGACGAUUAUUGUGAGAAAGUGAAAGUUCAAAAAGAGGAUAUCACGGAGAUGGACAUUCAAAUUAAAAAGUUGGAGGCUGAUAUCAGAAGUCUUCGACCAAAAAGUUCAAUUACCGAUAAUCAUUUUCAAAGUCAAUUAACUACGGGACAAAAAACUGUAAAAAUGCUUCAAAAUCGUCUAGAUAAUAUGGUAAAAAAAUUCUGUGCAAUUCUGGCAAGUAAUAAAGAGCUAAGAGAAGAAAUAGAUCAUUUAUUAAAAGAAAGAAAUCAUUUCAAUGAAAUAUGGGAAAAGUUGUUGAAGGAUGUCAACGCCGGUAAAAAAUAUAUGGUCGACCUAAUAGAACAAGCCAUCAUUGCGUUCGAUCAACGAGAAGAAUGGUGUUCUAAACUGAUUGCUCUAAAGAAGAGAACGGAAAUGGACUUUGUGAUACACUCCGAAGAAAUGAGAGAAAUCCAGAGGCGCCUAGAUCAUUAUAUGACCCUAAGAGAGUUCUUAUGCGUCAAAGGACAAAAACGAAUUUUGAAAGAUUUAGAAGAAAAAGAACGUUUAAAAAAAGAAUCUCAAAUACAGGACCUCGAAAAUCAGCUACACGUUUACGAAGAAACACUAACAAAAAUUCAAACGUUUUGCAAUGAAGAGGAUAUAGAAAGAAUUGCUUCUCAAUUUUUAAAACAGGAGGAAGAAAAUUUUGCACUCUUUAACUAUGUUAAUGAGCUUGGACAUGAGUUAGAAACAUUAAGCACAGCAGUAGAUGACAUUCAUGAAAAAAUUGAUGAGCAGAUAGAGAUAAGUGCGGAAAAAGCUAAGCAACGACAACAUACGAUAACUUCCCUCCAAGAAGAUUUAAAAAUAGCAACACAACAAGCAAACAAUGAUGAAGGCGACGUUAAGAACACAGAACAAGACAUCUUGAAAGUAUUGCAUGGAAUUGAGGAAGUAUUUCGAAUUAUUGAUUGUGAUAGAGGUCCCAUAUUGAAAUUACUAAGUGAAAACUCAGAAAUUAACUUAUUUAAUGUUAAGAUUUAUUUGGGCACCAUAGAAAAGAAACUUUCAAGUAUUAUUACAGAAUUAUAUUUUGCAGAGAAAUCCAUGCUAAAGAACGGCAAGAAGGCAAUAGGAUACUGAUCACAUCAAAACUUCUUAAUAAAUAUUUUUAUUUUAACAUAGUAUAUUACAUAAAUCGUGAGAUGUUUGACUUAAAACAACAAAUACGAAAAAAAUACUUCAAGUUUCAAGUAAUUCACUGAAUAAAUGAUUAAAAUGCAAAUAUCUUCCCUUCUGCAUUUAAAUCCCUA